AUGGCGGAGUGGAGUGAGAGGAAGCCGGAGGGAGGGAACCUGCAGGCGCGGCGGGACUCGCCGCCGCUGGACCUGCGCAGCUUCUUGCGCCACCAGGACGCGGCUGGCGGCCGCGGCGGCGGCGCCGGCCCCAGCCGAGGAGGAGCCAAGGAGUCCCGGCCGUUCGAGACCCAGCCGUGGAGCCCAGGCGCGAGGAACGAGCGCCAGCUGCUCGGUUUCCAUGUACAUGGUUUCUGA